AUCCCUUGCCAUGUAAGCAUGACAUGGCAAUUUUUUGCCAUCCAAGCAGCCAAGCGGGGUGUGUCCUCAACGGCAGUUAAGUCAGGCCGGCAGUCUCAAACGGCAGUUAAGUUGGUGGGCUUAACUUAUGGUUUUGCCUAAAAUGUCAUUGUUGUUCUUUUGUAUUAAAUCCGGAAGUCACCGUUGGAUUUCAAUUAGUUCAUAAUUGAGUCAUGUUGUAUUCCAUGAAAUGAAAGUUCUCUUAAUGCUUGUUUUUCUAUUUAUAAAGCUUGAACUUGAGA